GUAUUGUUUACUCUUGUGUGCAUCUGGACGCUCCGAUUUUGUUUACUUAUGACAACUCGUUUAUGAUUCAAGGUCACGUUCGCAUCAUCUAGCUUUAUGAUCUUACUGCCGUCUUUGUUUUUGUCUUACAUCUGGGGAUUCCCUUUAAAUCUCAAAUUCUUCGCUGUAAUCGCAAAUCAAAUAAAUACACCAAAUACGAGAACUUUUGCGCUUGUAAGUGUAUGCUUGUGAUGCUUGUGAAUGCUAUCAGUUGUGGUAUAGCUUCAGCGGGCCAUAAUCACAAUAUUACUAUCAGUCGGACAAGAUGUUUAAUACAGCAAUGCACUCGACUCAGUCACUGUGAACCAGUCCAACGAUCAACAUGUGGAAACAAGUGCUACUUUGCGUAGUGUUGCUAGUGGUUGUUGAUAGCAGUAUUUCCCUGCGGAUAAAGCGUCAAUUUUUCGCUCCACCAGAGGAAUGCGUUAUAUCUCAUGCCGAAAUAGACGAGCUAGUGCAGCUAACCAAGCUGGUUGAAGGUCGUAGAUCGUCUAGAAAGCGUCCUGCUAGUCGUAAUCUCGCCCCAACUGACAAUUCAGAUGAAUGUAGCCGUAAGCUUCGUGAGUUCAAAACUUCGAUCGAAGAUGUGAUCACCCGCUACAGUACCAUGCAGGGAUCGUACAUCUCUGCUCAGCAGUACGAGGUGCUGAAAGCCCAGCAAGAAACAGAACUGACCGAUCUGAUGCGGCGGGUGGACAAUUUCGAACGUGAAGUUGAACAGCGGUUUCAGUCAGAAAUUGAACGACUGCGCAACAGUUUGCAGAAGCUGAAGCGACGCCUGAACGAUAAUCUUCAGUUGCUGGAACAGGAAAGAGCGGCGGGUCGUCGGGCACAAGAGGCACUGUGUGUGGGAUACCUCCAGGGUGAAAACAUUGAGGAAGCCGUCAAGAUAUACCGAGCCCUAAAUGGUACCUAUGAUAUGGCGCGACUCACGAACGACACCUACCAAAUGGAUGGAAACGGUGUGGGUGCGUUAGUAGGGUUUUUCGAAGGGCUUCGUGAGGAUGCGCAACAAUUUGACACGAUAUCUGGCUACGAAGUAUUGCACUCGCAUCUGGAACGCAACAAUCAACUCAAUCGAGAACGAAGCAAGAUCAUGUUUCAUUCUCUGGUGGGGCUGGAAAGUUUUUACACCGAUCCUGUAGAUAUUAACCGUGUUCAGGCUUUGCGGGUGAAACUGAUAGAAAAAUUGCAGUCUUUUGUCGGUUGAAUCGUGUUCAGUGUAAAUGUUGCGAUGGCACAAAUUAAUAAAGAGACAUGUUUUGAA